GGGCGGCUGGCGGGACUGGUCCGCUGCUGCUCCCGCCGCUCUCCCCGCCAUGAGCAGCGGCGCGGGCCCCAGCCCCCGGCUGUGCCGCCUGGAGCGCGGCCCGGAUGGCUACGGCUUCCACCUGCACGGCGAGAAGGGCAAGCCGGGCCAGUUCAUCCGGCUGGUGGAGGCGGGCUCGCCGGCUGAGCGCUCGGGGCUGCGCGCCGGGGACCGGCUGCUGGAGGUGGACGGCGAGAACGUGGAGCGGGAGAGCCAUCAGCAAGUGGUGGAGCGGAUCCGCGCCGCCGCCGGCGCCGUCAGCCUCCUCGUUAUAGACUCGACGGCCGAGGAUCAGCUGCCGAAGCAGGGCGGGGCGGGUGCCGAGCCGCCGGUGGUCGGCGGGCAGGCGGUCCCGGUGCCGGUACCGGCGCCAGCGCCGGUGGAGCCCGCGGCGAGGGAGCCCAGCAGCGGAGACCGGCGGGAGGAGCUGAGACCUCGGCUGUGCCGCAUGAAGAAGGGUCCCGAUGGCUACGGCUUCAACCUGCACAGUGACAAGAGCCGCCCGGGGCAGUAYGUGCGCGCCGUCGACCCCGGCUCGCCGGCUGAGGCAGCAGGGCUGGCACCCCAGGACCGCAUCAUCGAGGUGAACGGUGUGUGCAUGGAGGGCAAGCAGCACAGUGACGUGGUGGCAGCCAUCAAGGCRAGCGGUGACGAGACCAGGCUGCUGGUGGUGGACGUCCUCACGGAUGAGUUCUUCAAGAAGUGCAAGGUGGUGCCCUCGGAGCAGCACCUGACAGGUCCCUUGCCAGAACCCGUUGCCAAUGGUGACAUAGGGAAGGAAAACGGUGCAGAGCCACGGUCCAACUCGGUGUCUGAGAGCCCAUCCAGCCCCGCGCCGCUGGCCGUGUCCAACUCCAGCGACACCCACAGCGAGCCCCACGCACAGGAGGGUGACAAGCGCCAUUCAGCAUCCGGCUCCCUCCUGGACCUGGACAUCCCACUGGCCGUGGCUAAGGAGCGGGCGCAUCAGAAGCGCACCAGCAAGAGGGCACCCCAGAUGGACUGGAGCAAGAAAAACGAACUGUUCAGCAACCUGUGAAGGCCCCGGGGCGGGGUGAGGGUCUUCUAGCCCCACCCAGCCUCGUACCCACCUCUCCUGCACUCCUCUCUCCCCUGCCACAGACUCCUGAAGGGGAUGUGGGGCUGCUCCCACCACCYUGAGCCGAGUGCUGGGGUUUGGUGGCCAGUGAGCAUCCCUGCAGAGGGGUCCUGGGUGAGGAGGUUGGGCUAGAGAGAACUGGGGGUGCUGGGGGUGCCCCCUCCCAAAAGCUCACCCCCAGGGUGCUCCUCCAGCCCUGCCUUGAAGCCCUGCACACCCUGGCAGGCACAAGCAGGGGUAGGGGAGGGAUCCAGGAUUUGGGGUGACCUAGUGCCCAACAUUCCUGGUCCCYGCUGUUCCCUAGUUUUUUCCCCACCCCAAACCCCAUCUCCAUUUGAACCACCCCCCCAAAUUACCCUUUAACUGCAAAACCUGAGGCUUUUAGUGACUUCCACCACACCCCACCUGCCCAGCCACUGACCACAGCCAGGGUGCUUGACCCUGGCCUGGCAAGCUCCGUCCACGAUGACCCUGUCCCUUUGCCUCUUCAGGUGCAAGGAGGGGUAUGGGUGCCCAGCAUUGGGGAAUGCCCAGCACCCUGCCCUGGGGAAAUUUUGGGAGAGGAGAGGGUGUCUGGAGCCAGCACAGCAAGCAAUAAUAGUCUCCUUUGCUCCUACACACUCCCGGAGACAGAGCYGAUCAGGGUUUGAAUCCAACACUGUGUAAUUUAAAGGCUUCUCAUAGACUUUUUUUUUUUUUCUGAAAUAAGUGUUUUUCCAAUCACACCAUUUAUUUUUUUUAACUGUAUUUUGUGGAAAUUCUUCCUGUGGAUGUUUUGUUUCCAUGUGCUGCAAUCAGGUGUUGUUGUACUGUUGAGCUCAAGAGAAAUUCUGUUUACUGGAAUAAACCUUUCUGACUUCA